AUGAGUGCCGUACAACAACAUCAAUCGUCGAUCGUUAGUCCCGAAGAAGUCGCAUCCGCAAUGAAUGCUGCAUUCGCUGAAUUUCUUGCUGUCGAACCAGCUGCUGCAGCCGCCGCUCUUCUCAUUCACCAUCAACAAAACGUUAAUCCUACAACAUUAAAUGAUUUUCUUACUAAUGGUACUACGCAAAAUAACAAUGAUCUAUCUCGAAACGGUCGACCACCAACGCCUUAUGCUGUUACUACGCACACAUACAGUGAUUCACCUUCUUCGUCAACUCCAUCAUCGUCAACAGCGACCAAUGCAGCCACAACAACAACUUUACCACGUUAUAAGACGUUACUCGAUAAAUUUACUCCAACAAUUCCUUCGUCACUGCCGACCAAUGAUCAACAAUCGACGACUGUUACUACAGCAGCUUCGAUCGUCUCAAAUAGUAAUACACUUAUUCGUAAUUACUACGAAAAUCUUUGUAAUAAUUCGUCAACAUCAAAUUCAAUAGCAUCCUCAACAUCUACAAAUAAUCGUAAGAAGCGUUCGAUAUCAAACGAAUAUGAUUUCUCUUCAUCCAAUUCAACGAUAAACGAUGGUCGUAGUCUACCGAAACGAUUUCGUCCUAUACAAUCAUCAACAGUAUCUUCUCGUCAAUUACAAGUUCAAGAAUGUUCUUCAGAUGAUGAUGAUAAUGAUGCAUUUAGUAAUUCUACGCGACGAAUCCUUUCGUCAGCAUCGACAACAACAAAUGAUUUGGCGUCAUCACGCGCGACUGCCGCGGCAUGCAUAGCUGCUGCUGUAACUGCUUCAUUAUAUGAUGAAGCAAAUGGAAUGGAUAGUCAGCGACGACAAACAACAACNGUAUCUUCUCGUCAAUUACAAGUUCAAGAAUGUUCUUCAGAUGAUGAUGAUAACGAUGCAUUUAGUAAUUCUACGCGACGAAUCCUUUCGUCAGCAUCGACAACAACAAAUGAUUUGGCGUCAUCACGCGCGACUGCCGCGGCAUGCAUAGCUGCUGCUGUAACUGCUUCAUUAUAUGAUGAAGCAAAUGGAAUGGAUAGUCAGCGACGACAAACAACAACAGUUACGACGAGUGUAGAGUCAAGUGAUGAUAGCGAUGAAGAUGAUGACGAAGACGACGAUGACGAUGAGGAUGAUGAUGACUCACCAAAUACUUUAUUCGGGCAAAGACCAUCUUCAUCGGCGCUAUUGUCAAAUAGUAAUAGUAUGAUUGUUGAUCAAACGAAACAAGAUUCAUUAUUACCAUCGAAUGUGACUACUCAUAUGAAUCACUUUCGAUCUAUCCAGCAACAGCAACAACAACAACAGUCCAGAUCGAUUUCGUAUCAUCCUGCACUUUAUGCGAAUCAACAACAGUAUCAACAACAACAACAACAACAACAACAAUCACAAGCAUUGUCGACAACUCCAACCGUAUCUUCAACUUUUCCUCGACAACUUCUAUCCUCUCGAAGACAUGCUCUACCGACACCAAAUCCUUCGAAUUCAUCGUGUUCAUGUUCUCAUCGUACACCAAACACUUCUACAGUCAUCGCUCCAUCCAACGGAUCCAAUUCAUCUUCAGCUACAUCUAUAUCACCGUUUAUCGUCUAUCCUCCCAAUCAAACUCCCAAUGUUAUUCCCACGCUAACAGCAACGACUCAACAAACCGUCGCUCUCGCUGCUGCUGCUGCAAGUGCCGUUGCGCUCGCAUCUCUUCCACAACCUCCACCUGUUCAACAUCUUCAUUUUCAUCAUCAUCAUCAUAAUCAUAACCACAAUCACAAUCCUGCUCACUUACGUCAUCAGUAUCGUCAACAACUAACAUCCGAACUACGUCGACAACGACUCAGUUCAUUUCAACAUCAAACGUCGCCAUCCGUUUCUUCACCUACAACUACCAUCCUUACUGCUAAUCAACAAUUACAUGCUAUUCUUACUCAUCCAACAACAGCAACAACAACAAAUAAUAAUAUUCAUGCUCAUUUAACAAUACAACCAGCAACGGCUGCAUCACCAUCAUCAUCGACGAAUACAUAUAAUUUGACAUUAGGCACAACUAAUCCGAGUAUGCACGUGGCAAUAAAUACGACCUCACAGAAUAAUCAAUGGCCGUCGACACCCUUACUAUUUCGUCCAUUUCGGAAUCCACUUCUUCUGCGUAGUCAUCAUCAUCACCACCACCAUCAUCAUCCGUUCUUAAACAGCGAACGUGCCGAACAUGUCGUCGAAGAAUUACUCCGUAUGGAAGAACAAUUAAACGGCCUAAAUAAUGGUGGUAAUAUAGGUGCAAAUCAAGAACAUAUUAAUGCGCGUACACUAUCAUAUAAGUAUGAAAAACGAACGAUAUCAACAGACGAAAAAUGUACUAUAUGUCUAUGUGAAUUCGACCAUAAUGAUGAUGUUCGUCGUUUACCGUGUAUGCAUCUAUUUCACAUUGAAUGUGUUGAUAGAUGGUUAACUCAAAGUAAACGAUGUCCAAUCUGUCGUAUCGAUAUUGAUUUUCGGGGAGAUUUUGGCGAUUACGUUUGUUAG